GCUACAAUGUGUACACAUUGUUACGUUUGACGAGUUAGUUUGGAAAGGUUGGAUGUGCAUUAUCUUUGUGUAGACUCACGAUACAUGCGGAGACAAACCGGAGAUAAUUGAGCUUUUCUUCUUCUUGCGAGCUAGUAGUUAAAUGGUGACAAUUUGCACAUAGGUGCUGGUUGAAAUCGUGUUUCUUCUGAACGACGUCCCGUUUAAAUCAACGUUCAUCGUUGCAUCGUUCACCGUUAUCCUCUUGUCUGCUCAACUCUGUGGAUACAUUGAUGGAGCAAGGUUAAGGUCAGACAGACACUCAUCACCAACCGACCAGGGUCAAAGCUUCUCCGUCCACGGAUGCGAAUGAACACUUGACUACUUUUGAUUUUUGUUGGCUUUUGGGAUCCCCUACCCCUCACCGGGAAUAAAGAAAGAGAGCAGGCGACAUGGUUGUCAACACCAUCCACUGGUUCAGGAAGGGACUACGGCUGCACGACAACCCGUCUCUAAGGGACUCCAUCCGGGAUGCGGACACCCUGCGCUGCGUUUACAUCCUGGACCCCUGGUUUGCAGGGUCCUCCAAUGUGGGCAUCAACAGGUGGAGGUUUUUGUUGCAAUGCUUAGAGGACUUGGAUGCCAGCCUGCGCAAACUCAACUCACGCUUGUUUGUCAUCAGAGGCCAGCCUACAGAUGUCUUCCCUCGAAUCUUUAAGGAAUGGCAGAUUAACCGUCUUUGUUACGAGUAUGACUCUGAGCCGUUUGGCAAGGAACGUGAUGCUGCCAUCCAAAAACUAGCCAGCGAGUCUGGGGUGGAGGUCAUGGUGCGGACUGCUCACACCCUCUACAAUCUGGACAAGAUCAUAGAACUCAACGAUGGUCAGUCUCCUCUUACGUACAAGCGCUUCCAGGCGCUCAUCAACCGUAUGGAUGCUGUGGAGCUGCCUGCAGAGACAAUCACAUCCGAGGUCAUCAAAAAAUGUGCCACACCCAUCAGCGAGGACCAUGAUGACAAGUUUUCGGUGCCCUCCCUGGAAGAGCUUGGUUUUGAGACAGAGGGCCUGACCACAGCAGUAUGGCCAGGUGGAGAAACAGAAGCCCUCAUGAGGCUAGAGCGGCAUCUAGAAAGAAAGGCAUGGGUUGCAAACUUUGAGCGUCCCCGUAUGAACGCCAACUCCCUGCUGGCCAGUCCCACAGGCCUCAGCCCCUACCUGCGCUUUGGAUGUCUCUCCUGUCGGCUCUUCUACUUCAAACUUACUGAUCUUUACAAGAAGGUCAAGAAAAACAGCACCCCACCACUUUCUUUGUAUGGCCAGCUGUUGUGGAGGGAGUUCUUCUAUACGACUGCCACCAACAACCCCUGCUUUGACAAGAUGGAGGGAAACCCUGUUUGUGUACAGAUCCCCUGGGACCGAAACCCAGAGGCGCUGGCCAAGUGGGCAGAGGGACGGACAGGCUUUCCCUGGAUAGACGCCAUUAUGACCCAGCUGAGGCAGGAGGGGUGGAUCCAUCAUUUGGCGAGGCAUGCUGUGGCCUGCUUCCUCACCAGGGGAGACCUCUGGGUCAGCUGGGAGGAAGGCAUGAAGGUGUUUGAAGAGCUGCUCAUAGAUGCUGACUGGAGUGUAAAUGCUGGCAGCUGGAUGUGGCUUUCUUGCAGUUCAUUUUUCCAGCAGUUCUUCCACUGCUACUGCCCUGUGGGAUUUGGAAGACGCACAGACCCCAAUGGGGACUACAUACGGCGUUAUUUGCCCAUAUUGAGAGGUUUUCCAGCCAAAUACAUCUAUGAUCCUUGGAAUGCCCCAGAGGAAGUACAGAAGGCAGCCAAGUGUAUCAUUGGAGUCCACUACCCAAGGCCCAUGGUGAACCAUGCUGAGGCCAGCCGCAUCAACAUAGAGCGCAUGAAGCAACUUUACCAGCAGCUGUCCAGCUACAGAGGACUGGGCAUGCUGGCAGCGGUACCUGCCAAUCCCAACAACGGUGCAAACGGCAGUGGUGUCGGAGGAGUCAACUCAGGGACCAGUCACGGUCCGGGAGGGUCCUAUGAAGGUCUCUCCACACAUGCAGGAACAUCUCGAACAGAAAGAGGUAAUUCCACGCAGAAGCGACGGCAUGAAGAAGCUCCACCCAAAAGCAGCUCUAAAUCCUGGAGACCGAGCAAAUAGUGUGCAAAAAGAAGAAUACAAAGGGUCCCUCAGUCAUCUGGACAGCAUCUUCUCCUGCAGUGCCGUCAACUGACACACAGUUGUAACUGUAACUAACAACCAUAGAUAUAUCCAUGGAUCUAUAACAUGUCUUGGUCACCAGAUCAGACACAUCACACAUCUCAGGAACGCACAGACAAUGCUAAUAUUAAAGAGAGAGAACCCUGUAUUAGCAGAGUAUAAAAUGAAAAAAAACAAUUCAUCUAUAAAGUCUUAGAACCAGGGUGUUGUGAGGCAGCCUAUUGUCUUCCACUACAGUAUGUAACUGUACAACUGUUAAAACCACUAGUCCUUAUUACCAAUGCCCUUUUUCCACUCAACAGCCCACAUCUGUCAGGCAUCAGGGGGAAAACUGUAAUUCAGUGGAUUUUUAAAUGUGAAUGUUUAUCUAGGCAUCAUCUCUCAUAUAUAGUGAGCUGAAUACACAUUUUAAAUACCUGACUGCUUCGACCUCUACAUCUUAUGUGAAAAUGACAAAAUCUGAAAUCUCCUUCCCAUCUGAAUGAUGGGGAAACAAGAACACAAUCUGGAGACAGUGGAAGAUUUCUUGUUUAUGGCUGACACCCUCAGCCAGGAUCAUAUCAUCAUAUCAUAUCAGACAUAAUAUGACCUGGAUAACACACAGUUGUAUCUUUUCUCAAAAACAAGCCCCCAAAUAUUUCAUAUAGAAGAAUAUAAGGUUACACUGCCAUGAAUGUACAUAGUGUGAGAACGUUUUUUCUCAAAGAUGUAAAACACAAAAGCCUGAUGUAAAGUAGUAAUGAAUAUUAGCAGCAAAGCUGUCGGGUUUGACACUAAGGCAGGUCUUACAAAGGCCAUUAUACAUUUUGUAAAUAUUUGUUUUAAUUUCCAACUUUUGUAUAUUUGAUUCUAUGGUUUCAAAGCUACUUUUGUAAAUAAUCCGAAACCAAUGAAUGCAUGUGCUUUUGUCUCCCAUGUGAUCUUAAAUGUAUUAUUUUUGUAUAAAGAAUGACCAAAUUCUAACUUGUUGAAAUGGCAAUAAAUGAAG